AUGGAAGUUUUAGCAACACUAACCCUUCUAGCACUUGCGAUUACAAUAAGCUUUUCUCUACCAACUGAAUUAAUCAAUGGCAAAGAUCUUAAACCCGAUAUCAAAUAUGCCAGUCGUUUAUCACAACUCAUUGCUACCAACUUACUCAAAGAUAAUAUGGAAAUCGAUGGAAAUAAUGUAUAUUCACCACUUGGCGUUGCUACAAUACUAGCAAUAUUAGGAGAAGCUUCAGAUGGCGAAACUUACAAUGAAUUUGUAACAUCUCUUAAUGCACCUUCUUCAAAACAAGAACUUCGGCAAUCGUUUAAAAACAUUUUGAAUAAUAUCCAAACUUCAUCUAGUUCUUUUUCUUUGAAUCCGUCCUUCAAAACAUGGUUUUAUAUUUAUCGUAACUAUACAGCUCGAGAAGAAUUCAAGCAGAUAUUGAGCGAUUAUUAUUGCGUAGAGGUAAAAGAUAUUAAUAAUAGCACGUAUAAUUGGGAUGAACCAAGCAUAUCCCUUGAUUCACCACCAGAGUCAUCCAGCAUAAGCAAUAGUAAGGAUGUUAUUGGUUUUGAAACACUUAAGAAAUUGAAUAGCAACGUUGAAGAGCAAAGGGAUGAAAUCGCCGAUGCGGAACCAACAAAGAAGGCAUCCAAGUUUGAUAAAUUUGUCGAUGAUAAACAGUAUUUGGAAGUGCCAUUAAUUAAAGAAGAAAUCGCCCGUGAAAAAUUACAAAAGAAAAAAGAAGAAGAAAACAAAUCAGUGACAAAGGCACAAGAUGAGAACAAGAAUAUUUAUAAUCUGGAGUCUGAUAAAACCAAGCUUACAUCAACCAAGUAUGAAGACCAAAAUAACAUUCAGGAAAAUGAAACAGUCCAAGACGAGGAGAAAAUGGAUUCAAUUCAAAAAAACUUAGUUGUGGCAGAAGAGACUCAACCAGAAAAACAACCAAUCGACCAAGAAUCUAAUGAACCACACAAAUUAACAUUACCAUUACAAAAACUGGAAGAAGGUGGCUCUGAUAUAAUUCAAGCUCUUGGUUCCCAUUUUAAUUCGAAAAGGCUCAGUGAAGCACGAAGCCCGUUCGGCAAGGAUGACAUAGCAUCAGCACUUAGCGCUAAUUCGAUAAAUGGCAGGGAUAGUGGUUCACGAACAAAAAUGUUACUUUUUAAUGGAUUGUACUAUCGUGGUAACUGGGCAUACCCGUUUGAGGAGGUGCGUUCCAGUCCAAAUGAAAUCUUCCAUUUAACAUCCGACCAGUCAUUACAAAUACAAACGAUGCACGCUCGUGGAAAAUAUCUUGUAGCUGAUUUAGAGGCAUAUAAUGCAUGCGGGGUGUCAUUGCCUUAUGAAAACAAACGUUAUUCAUUGCUGAUAGUGAUGCCAAAGGAUGUAGAGGGACUACAUAACUUAAUUGAGAACUUUAAUUCAGACAUUUUUUCGAACUUUAAAAACGUUUCCUCAGAAAAGGAUAUAUAUUUAAGUAUUCCUAAAUUCCAAGUAGAAGAAACAUCACGAUCUGAAGCUAUGCUUAAAAAUUUGGGAUUGCAGAAAAUUUUCGUUCGAGGAGCGGCAGAUUUAGGCUUACUUUCAAAAGAUACUGACCUACAUGUAGAUGAGAUUGUUCAGUUUGUUAGUGUGCGAGUAGAUGAAGGUGGCAGCGUUCAAAACGGAUUUUCUGCUACUAGCAAUGUGGGCAGAACAUUGGAUGGAGUUGCACAACAAAAGAUUGAAGUGAAUCGACCAUUUUUGUAUUUUGUUAUGGAUACCGAAGAAGAUUUUGUUAUUGUAGCGGGAAAAAUAACAGUUCCACAGUUUAAGGCUCAUUUAGAUGUUGACAUAGAUGUUGAGUACGCUCAAUCUUAAAUGUUGGACUAAAAUAUUAUAAGGAUUCAUUUACGAAUAAAUAUAGUUUUCUAUAAAAUGGCCACUUGUUAA